UCUUUAAGUAAUUUUUAUAUUUUCAAGUUUUUCUAUUAUCAAAACUUGGAAUCGAACAUUAAUAUAUGUGAAUAACGAAAAUAUUUAUAUAAAACAUUUGAGCGAUAAUCUGUUUAAAACAUCGAAGUUAAAGGAAAAACGCAUGAGUAUAUAAUUAUUAAAUAAAUAAAUAAAUAUAAAAGAACCCUACAAGUAAUUUACAGAUUGGGUUGUUCUUCCUAUCAGAAUCAUUUACGCGAGGUAAAGUAAAAUCGUGUAAGACGUAAAUCAGAAAACAAAAAGCAAAAAGAAGUAAUUAGCAAAAGAAUAAAGCAGAAGUAAAACUUUGCAACGUCGUAAAUUUAAAUGAUUAAUUAAAAGAGAAAAGUGAGCAAAAGUCAGAUUCCAUUGCAAUAUAUAUAUAUAUAUAUAUAUUUUUUAUAAUAAAAAAAAGUGUACAAAUUAUUCUUUUUCUGCGAAAGCCGGUUUUGUUUACAAACUGUUCAGUUAUUGAUACAAAAUAAAAAAAACCUAAAAAAAACUUCAAAAAAGCAUCAACACAACGUAAUUGUUUGAGUCGUUGAAACGUCACACUGGCUUCGCCUAAUAACAGUACAGCACCACCGGUGCUUUGGCGUGCGCGUCGAAAAGUGGGUUUGCAUUUGCGUAGCAUAGAGGAGCCAACAACACAAUUAUACGGCGCACAGCAUACACAACAACACCACCAUAUUGGUAAUAGUUGCUUUAGUGUGGGUAGCAAUAGAAUGCCGAUAAAGUUGGGGGGCACAGGGUAUGGUAGCGAACAUAGUUCUCAUGCCGGUGUCCCCCUAACCGCAUAUCAGCAGCAACAACAACAGCAACUACAGCAGCAACAGCAACAACAGCAACAGCAACAACAAAUAUUACACCCACUAACACCACAAAAAGUUUAUGAUGCAGAAUAUGCACGAAUGGAAGCUUGGAUGGAUGAGAACCAAGAAUUCGUGCAAGAUUACUUUAUAAGAAAGGCCACACGUCAAGUUGUUGAUGCCUGGUUAGUCUCACAUGCGACUACAGCUGGCAAUGACGCUUCUUGCUGUAAUUCUUCACCCACGCAUACACAUCCCAAUGGACAAAAUUGCUCAUCACGCGGUGGCUCGGGAGCCACAACACCAGUUCGAAAAAUAUCCGCACAUGAAUUUGAGCGCGGUGGUCUAUUGAAGCCGAUUGUUAACACGAUUGAUGGAACACCAACUUUUCUUAGUAUAGGAACGCAAAAUGAUUGCUCUGCAAGCAGUACAAAUUCCAGUAACUGUGGUAUGCUUAGUAAUAGUAACGCGGGUAACAGUAUGGGCGGUGUCGGCAUCAGCAAUCAGAACAAUACGAAUAGCCAUCAUUGUUACAACAACUGUUAUACCCAUCAUCAUAAUCAUCCCAUGGGGUCCAGCAUCGCACAUUAUCGACCCCAGCGCUUGUCCCGUCAUGAGCUAAAGCAAUUAGACGAGAAGGAACUUAUUUUUGAAUUGGUAAAGGACAUAUGCAACGAAUUGGAAGUUCGGACAUUAUGUCACAAAAUUCUACAAAAUGUUUCAAUUCUCCUGAAUGCUGAUCGUGGAUCAUUGUUCUUAGUGCAAGGACGCUGCGGUGGCAAUGAUAAUCCCAAAAAGUGUUUGGUAUCCAAAUUGUUUGACGUUUGCCCACGCAGUACUGUCGAGGAAAUGGAGCAACAAGAUGAAGUACAAAUUGCCUGGGGUACUGGCAUUGCUGGUCACGUGGCUGAGAGUGGCGAACCCAUUAAUAUACCAGAUGCAUAUCAGGAUGAACGCUUUAAUUGUGAAAUCGAUACACUGACAGGUUAUCGUACCAAAGCAUUGCUCUGUAUGCCAAUUAAGGAUUCGUCCGGUGAUGUCAUUGGUGUGGCACAAGUCAUUAAUAAAUUAAAUGGUGAAUGCUUUACGGAAACUGAUGAAAAGGUGUUCGCCUCCUAUUUACAAUUUUGCGGUAUCGGUCUCCGCAAUGCCCAAUUAUAUGAGAAAUCACAAUUGGAAAUUAAGCGGAAUCAGGUAUUAUUAGAUUUGGCGCGAAUGAUAUUUGAAGAGCAAAGUACGAUCGAACAUAUGGUUUUUCGCAUACUAACGCAUAUGCAAAGUUUAAUACAAUGCCAAAGAGUACAAAUAUUGUUGGUGCAUGAAGCAUCAAGGGGUAGUUUUUCACGUGUAUUCGAUUUUGAGGCUGACGAUUUGAGUGGAGAAGCUUCUACAGAUCGAACAAGUCCAUUUGAAUCACGAUUUCCUAUUAACAUAGGUAUUACUGGCUAUGUGGCCACUACUGGCGAGACUGUUAAUAUACCAAACGCUUAUGAGGAUGAUCGAUUUGAUGCUAGUGUGGAUGAAAAUACUAAUUUUAAACACAAGACAAUUUUAUGUAUGGCCAUCAAAAAUUCAUUAGGCCAAAUUAUUGGUGUUAUACAGCUAAUCAAUAAAUUUGAUGAUUUGGAUUUCACUAAAAACGACGAAAAUUUUGUGGAAGCAUUUGCCAUUUUCUGUGGGAUGGGUAUACAUAAUACGCACAUGUAUGAAAAGGCUAUUGCUGCGAUGGCCAAACAAAGCGUUACCUUAGAAGUGCUCAGUUAUCAUGCUUCAGCAACAAUAGAUGAAGCUCAUCGUUUAAGGCGUUUGCGAGUACCAUCGGCAGCUCACUUCCGUUUACAUGAUUUCCGUUUCGAUGAUAUACAUUUCGAAGAUGAUGACACCUUGAAGGCUUGCUUACGUAUGUUUCUCGACUUGGAUUUUGUAGAGCGCUUUCAUAUCGAUUAUGAAGUUUUGUGCCGUUGGUUGUUGAGUGUUAAGAAAAACUAUCGCAAUGUUACUUAUCACAAUUGGCGACAUGCCUUUAACGUGGCGCAAAUGAUGUUCGCCAUACUGACGGUAAGGAUAUAUAUUUAUUAUUUUCUCUUUCAAUUUUUCAAUACUUAUGGUUACACAAAAAUUUAUUAUCAGGCAACGCAAUGGUGGAAAAUAUUUGGAGAAAUUGAAUGCUUAGCACUGAUCAUAGCUUGUCUCUGCCAUGAUCUCGAUCAUCGGGGGACGAAUAAUUCAUUUCAAAUCAAAGCAUCUUCACCACUGGCUCAAUUGUAUUCCACCUCAACCAUGGAACAUCAUCAUUUUGAUCAGUGCUUGAUGAUUUUAAAUAGUCCUGGUAAUCAAAUUUUAGCUAAUUUAUCCUCCGAGGAUUAUUGUCGCGUUGUCAGAGUAUUGGAAGAUGCCAUACUAUCUACAGACUUGGCAGUAUAUCUGAGAAAACGUGGUACUUUCCUGCAAUGCGUACAAGACCAGCCAUUAAAUUAUUGGUUGGACGAAGAGCCUAGAGCUUUACUAAGGGCCAUGAGCAUGACAGUAUGCGAUUUGUCUGCAAUAACUAAGCCUUGGGUUAUAGAGAAGCGAGUAGCAGAUUUGGUUAGCUCAGAAUUUUUUGAACAAGGUGACAUGGAGAAGCAAGAAUUAAAUAUUACACCCAUAGAUAUCAUGAAUCGCGAGAAGGAAGAUGAACUUCCCAUGAUGCAAGUAGGAUUUAUAGAAUCUAUAUGUUUGCCAAUUUAUGAGGCUUUUGCUCAACUCUCCGACAAAUUGGAGCCUUUAGUUGAAGGUGUUCGCGAUAAUCGUGAGCACUGGGUCGAAUUAGCUGAAGAAGUUCAAACGAAAACCAGCAAAAGCAAUGGCCUUCCUAAGCAAGUUACAGAGAGUGAAAAUGCUUCAAAUUUCGAAGCUAUGAACUCUUAUGAAAGUGCAGAGUUAAUUGAUGAGGCUGAUGCUCUUGAUGUUAAUGAGGAGAGUCAAGACCAAAAUGACUGCUCUGAGGCUAGCUAUGAUCAUCAAUCUGAUGGAUGUUAUUCAUCUGCCUCUAGUCGACUAUCUACCCCACCCCCUACUGGCGAAGAUGACGAUAGCUCGCCCGCUUCGCCUGCCAAACGAGCGUCCACUGAAACUCAAGCCAAAUUAAUAGCAGCUAACCUGAAGAAUUUAAAUCAAAAACCACCCAAAUUACGUUCCUGUUGUAGAAAUUGUGAAUGUAUGCGUAUACGUAAAACAUCGUCCUUAAAUGGAGCUAACGAAUUAAAACUAAUGACUGGCGGAAGUAGGAGCCACAGUAAAAGUACACCUUCUAUGUCCAAUUGCGGUAUAGCUGGUGCCGGUCAUCAUCCGAGUAUAAUGCAAUAUUAUCAUUAUGGUCACCACCACCAUCUUCACAGUCAUCAACAAUAUCGUCGUCCGCCUAGUUCCUGUUUAUGUUCAUCCCAUCACCUUUGUUGCUAUCAUCUCUGCAACUCUCAUCAUCAUCACGCUCAGCAUAGUAGCAAUAGCGUCGGGGGGAUUGUUAGUGGUAACGGAGGUGGAGGCAGUUCGAUAGUUGGAUGCGGUCCAUCAACGACCUCCAGUCUUUCGGAAAGUGAUAAAAUACCAAAAAUUGUCGGUAAGUUAGGCAAUCUAGAUACUCUACAUCACCAUCCUGUUACUAUUAACGGUACCAAUGCAUUUGCGGUAACCAAUGGUCAUUUAAAUUACUUGCCCGCCAAUUUGCUGUCACGUCGUCACUCAGUAACAAAUGGCAAUUCUUCGAGGAUGCUUCUUGGCAACAAUCAGACGGUGCCAUCAACUGCACGUACGAUAAUUACAGCGCCACAAACUGCAGCCGUUGCAGCCGUUUGUGAUAAGUAAAUGAACAAAAAACUAAAACAAAAAGAUAUAGCGUAAGAUUAUAAUUUGAAAAUUAGUCCGAGUUUGAGGAAUACAUGAGUAGAAAUUUAAAGUUCAUUUUAUGACCUGGCCGACACCAAUCUUUCAUUAUCUUCUGUCCUUGUCCGUUUGUGCGUUAUUUGUUAUUAAAUCUGGAUUUAAAGAAGUUGAACCAAGAUGCGUAGGCUCCGGUGAACGCUGAUUGGCAUUCACACGUUGACCUUUAGGAAGAAUCUUAUAUUGUGGAUGCAUUCCGCCCUUAGAAUCACUUUUCUUUACAAAGUUUGUUAAAAAACACAUUACCGAAGAUUUGCAUCAACUUCCGGGGCAAGAGCUAAAGUAGAUGCCUUGUCAUGACGGCGCGAGGAAAAUAAAAUAUCGUAAAGCGAUUUCUUUAAACCGCUGAUAUGAAGACAUCUGUCUAUAUUUUGCAUUUAGGUGUAGUUGGCUGUUGUCACCAUGCGUCAUCGUUGUUUUAUUGACCAGUAUGGCUACUGUCUUCUCAGUUUUUUCGCUUAUGGCGAUAACUUAUAUGAUCAUUGCGAACACAUACGUUAAGAUUGUACUGACUUUAACAUUCCAUUUGUAACGUGCAAAAAUAUACAUUGGCAAUUUUAUCCACAUGACUAACUUGUGAAUCUUUACAGGAUAUAAGUGAGCCUUUCUCUUUUCCUCCAUCCGAUUCGUCCGUCUUUCAACAAAUCGAUCGAAAAGCAAAGCGAGCGAUUUUUUUAUGUUCAUUUCGCGCCCAA